AUGAGUGAAGAGAGAGAAACCGGCAAAGAGGCGAGAGAUGCUACGACGGAGGAGGAAGAUCUUCUCCAUCGAAGCACAAAAAAACCUAAAGGCCCUGCUAUGGAAGAUCAACCUAUGGAUGAUCACAUGGCAGAGGAGGAUAUCCAGGUGAAUGUGACUAGCAACGGGGGAAAAAAGAAGGAAGAGUCAGGUGAUUCAUCUAACAGGAAGUUGGUGUCAUAUAAAGAUUCUCUUCUUGGUUUUAAUGGAGGACCCCAUGUUGCUGAUAGCGAUGAGGAAGAUUGGGUAGAAAAACUACGUAAGGAAGAGGACGAAGAAGAAGGGGAUGAGGUCUUUGUUACGGUUGAUGGUAAGGAGGAUCCUCUUUGCCCAACGUACUCUUUUCCAAAAGCCUUGCAUUUAGAAGGUUGCAGACCUUGGAGACAGGCAGUGAUUGUGAAACUUCUGGGGAAGAAAGUUGGAGUUAGAUUCUUACUCAAUCGUUUACUGAGAAUGUGGAAUAUCUCAGGCACAUAUGAGUUCAUUGAUCUGGAGAAUGACUACUUUUUGUUCCGAUUUUCAAAUAAGAAUGAUUACUCUCAUGUUUUGGAGGAUGGUCCUUGGAUCAUAGCUGAUCAUUAUGUGGUAGUUCAACGGUGGCGUCCAUUUUUUAAUCCUUAUGAUGAUGAGAUCAGAAAGCUGGCAGUUUGGAUUCGUAUUCCAGGACUUCCUAUUGAAUUCUAUACCUCUCAUCAUUUGUGGAAUAUAGGUAGUAUUUUUGGUCGCACAUUGAAGAUUGAUAGGAACUCUAUCAGGAAACGUGAUUCUGGUGAAGGUGAUAUUACAGAGAGAGCAAAGUUUGCUAGAAUUUGUGUCGAAGUUGAUCUUAGGAAAGGCUUUUUGUCCAAAUUCUGGAUUGCUGAUCGUAUCUUCCAUGUUGGAUAUGAGGGUCUCCACUUAGUUUGUUUUGCUUGUGGAAAGUAUGGGCAUAGAAGGGAUCAGUGUUCCCAUAGUAAUCUUCAACAAGAUACUACGGCUUAUUCUCCUGAAGUUUCUGACUCGGUGGUGCAUAAGCAGCCGGAAAAAGAUUCUGUUCCGGCGAAGGAGGAACCGUUUGGGAAUUGGAUGCUAGUGCAGCCGUUACGUAAUAAGGCAGUUUCCAAUUAUCAUCCUAAUCACAGACAGGUCAUUCAAUCAGGUUCAAGAUUUCAAGCUAUUGCUGAGUUGGCUCAAAAGGAUAAUAAUAUCUUAAUUAUUUCUGAUUCUCCAGUGAUUGAUUCAAUCAGCAUUGAAUCUGGUCUGACACGAAUUAAUCAUGGGGAAUUAAUUGCUCAUAAUGAAGAACCGUUGGUGAAAAAGGAUAUUCAAAUGGAAACAGUUUCUCCAUCUGCUAACCUAUCCGCGGGCAAGUCGAGAAAAGAGGUCCAAAGUCAAGGAGUAAAAUUCAAAGAGAACCAAAAGAAGAAAGCAACUGCAUCAUCUGCUAAAGUUCAUCAGCUGGUCCAGAAUGCUAAUAUUAGCAAAGGCAGAUUAAAUGCUUCAAAAGGUGCAGAAUCUCAAAAGAAUAAUUUUAAACUUGAUUCUCAGAAGAAUAUGUCGGAGGAUUUCCAAGAUAGACAAAUUGUCUUGCACCCUUCUAUAUCUAAAUUCCAGAGGAAGACGUCUCAUGUGGUUAAUGAUCAGCAAGAGACUCUUCCUUCUUCUAGUGGCUUGGAUAAUGGAGGUAAACAUGGAAGACCACCAGAUGCUCUUACAGGGGCUGGGAAAAGGAUUUUUCCGCCUCUAAUUCGGGAUCUUUCUCAUAGAUACAGUAUUAAAGUUAUGGCUUUGUUAGAAACUAGAUUGAGUGGUGUUAUGGCGGAUAGAGCUAUUCGGCGUCUUGGUUUUUCUGGUCACUUUCAUCGUGAUGCUGUUGGUUUUUCUGGCGGUAUUUGGGUGCUUUGGAACACUGAUGAAGUUUCAGUGGAUGUUCUUUUUUCUCAUCACCAACUUGUCCAUACUAAAAUUUGUUGGGUAAAAGAAAAUAGAGAGGAGUUCAUGACUUUUAUUUAUGCAAGUCCGCGAAGACAGGAACGUAUUCAGCUGUGGGAAAUUCUGUCUUCACUGUUUGAUCAGUCCAUGAGGAAUGCAGCUUGGGGGAUAGCAGGUGAUUUUAACACUUAUUUGUAUGAGUAUGAGAAGCUAGGUGGUAAUGGGCAUAACUGGAAUAGCAUGAGGGAAUUUCGUGAUUGUUUAGAUGAAUGUAGCUUGUCUGACAUUGGCAAUCAAGGUCCUAUUUUCACUUGGCAAAGAAGAAAUCUUCAGGAACGUCUUGAUAGGGUUUGCGCUAAUGAUAAUUGGAACUUGGUUUUCCCUAACCGUGUGGCUUUCAACUUGCCUUUCUUUGGCUCAGAUCAUCGACCAGUGUUAUUAUGGGAAGGUCAACCUGCUAUUUAUCCGAGAGGGGAGCGUCCUUUCCGUUUUCUAGCGUCCUGGUUAACAGAGAGCACUUUUCAUGAGGUGGUUAAUGGAUGUUGGUCAAACAAUGUAAACUGGAUGCAUGCUAUGGAGACAUUUCAGAUUAAUGCUUCGGAAUGGCAUAGAAAUGUUUAUAGGAUUGCUCUGAAAAGAAAGAAUGAUUUGCAUGCAAGGAUUAGAGGUAUUGAUAGAUGUCUUAGUUAUCAGUACAGUCAUAGCCUUGAGAUGUUGCAAAAGGAUCUAUGGAGGGAACUAGACAAGAUUUAUCUUCAAGAGGAAAUUACUUGGUUUCAAAGAUCAAAAUUGAAUUGGUUUGCUCUUGGAGAUAGGAACUCGCGUUUCUUUCAUUCUGUGACGGUUGCCAGACGUAGGAGGAAUCGCAUAGAUACGUUGAAAAACUCAGAGGGAGUUUGGAUUGGUGAUCAACAGGUUUUAAUGGAAAUGGCUGUUUCUUUCUUUGAAAAUCUGUACACAAAAGAUCCAUUACCUAAACCGGCUUUUCCAGUUCGUGGCUUUUUUCCAGUUAUUGAAGCGCAUGCUUUAGACACGAUGAGUAUUAUGCCAAACAGUAAGGAGAUCAGAGAUGUAGUCUUCUCUUUUGGUCCAUACAAGUCGCCUGGGAAGGAUGGGCUUAAUGCUCUUUUCUUUCAAUCUCAGUGGGAUAAG